GUCAUCUUCUCUUAAUGUGCAUGUCCUUGCUAUUUCAGCCUGGCAACUAGACCUAUUUAAUGCUCAGCUCUCUCCUUAAUGGUUCGCUCCAACCAUUACUCCAACACUCCAGAACAGAGGAAGAACACAACAUCACUGACACUUGUCUCCAACUACCCAAAAUGGCUUCUAAACACAUCACAGAAAUUGCAAUCUCCACUGACUCUAAAAGGGAACAACAGCUUCGUGGCCAAGGCUUUCACAUGGUGGAUGUAAACCUCAACCAAGGAAAUUCAUCCACCACCAGAGUUGACAUGUGGUACAAAAAAGGGCUAUGAAGAACCCAUCACCAGAGUCCAGUUCUCAUUCAAUGAUGGAAUGAAAGAUGGCCUGAGGAGUGUAGGGUACACUGAGCUCCCAGAAAACAUCAACUCUGGAGCAGAGGGAGAUGUCAUCCAUCUGUGGUACUUUAGUGGUGCAAGCCCUAAGUAUGACAUUCCCAUUGUAGAUCUGCUACUCACCACUAAUGUGAAGACAGAGGCCGUUCAAUUCAAAUACGGCUGGGAAAUGCUACCAUGUGAUCUGAACCGCGGUAGCUUAGGAGAUUUCAUCUACCUCUGGGUGAAGAGAGAGAGUGAGACCUACAUCUGUGACGUUGCUGCCACCAUCUCAUACCAAGAACACAUCAACCUUUUCAACAAGGGCUACAUCCGGAUUGAUGAAGAUCUCAAUAGAGGUGCUGGAGGAAACUGGAUCUUCCUCUGGUACCGCCAAUCCACCGAUAAGGGCUGCGGGGUCACCAGGGUGAAUGUAUCCGUCAACCAUGAGCAGGAUUUCAGCCUACAGCAGCGUGGUUUCUCCGUGGUGAAUGUUAACCUCAACGAGGGAACAUCUGGUCAGCCAGUGUUUGUCUGGCUCAAGAAAGAUGGAUCUCUCCCUAUCAAGGCCUUGACCGUUACAUCCAACCCCAAGGCAGACGGUCCUUAUGAGGAGGCGGGCUUGGUUUCCAUCGGGAAAAGUCUGAAUUCUGGCAACAACGGUGUCCCCCUCUUCCUCUGGUAUGGCAAGUAAAAACCUGAGGUGGAGAGGACGUGUCAGACUAAAAAUGUGGAAGAUGUUAGCUUGUGCAUGGCAAUUUCUCUGUCUAUUUUCUGUUCAAAAAGAUCUUAUCUUUCCCGUCAAAAAAUAGAAAUAAUUCAAUGACACUAAAUGUUAGCUUGUGCAUGGCAAUUUCUCUGUCUAUUUUCUGUUCAAAAAUAUCUUAUCUUUCCCGUCAAAAAAUAUAAAUAAUUCAAUGACACUAAAUGUUAGCUUCGUGUAAUAAAGUCACUGUCAUAGAUCAUUAAGGAACGUUAAGGUUGACUUUAAUGUUCUAUCCAAUCUAUCCACAAUUGAAUUAUGUUUUUCAAUUUUACUAUAACAAUUUAGCAGCAGAUUUAUAUUUUUUCUGACUAUUUCAAGGGCUUAUAAGGUAUUAUAUCUCAUUGUGUCAAAUGUGAUUUAGAAAAACUUUAGUACAGUAAUAUGAAUAAAGUAAAAUGAUGAAUGAUUUCUGUGUAAUAC